AUGAAUUUCAUCAGAAAACUAUUUUCUUACAGAUACAACAAUAUAUUCUGUCGGACUGGCAUCACGGACCAAUUGCCGUAUGGUGAUGACUGGUACCACCUACCCGGAAAUUUUACAUUUGUUUCAUGCGGGGAUUAUGGCUGCUGGGCGAUAAAACCGGACAAUUCGAUCGCUUUUCGUACUGGAGUGACUAUUACUUACCCUCAAGGAACAAACUGGCUUGAUGUUGAUGGCAAGCAUUUCGUGCAACUCGAGGCUGGCUACCAAGGUAUGGUGUAUGCUGUGACGUCGGACAAUGUGCUAUAUUAUAGAAGUGGUGUAUGUGCCCUAAACCCGACUGGCUCCCAAUGGAGACGAGUCAAAAAUCUACGGGUUAAACAUGUAACCGUUGGUGACAACAGUCUGUUUGUGAUCGCUAAAAAUGGAACGAUAUUCACCUCUACCUAAGAAAAGCCAUGUUAGAGAAGGCAAUUUUUGCCGCAACUUGCGAAAUGCCCAAAAUCUUGAUAUUUUCCCACGUACAGUACAAGAACUUGUGGUCGAUUCAUGCAGCUAGACUCUGUAGCAUUGUAGGUGUACUUCAGGGGACUAAAUUAGAACCUGUCCUGUUUCUGUUAAUGAUCAAUGACUUGGAACUGAGAUCUGCUAAAUAAAUAUAUAAGUCAGUGGAAAUAUGUUGAUGACGGUACAAUUUCUGAGUCACGUUCUAUAAACCAGCUUUCAACACUUCAAUCCGAACUGGAUGUAAUCCAUCCUUGGGCAACGCAAAAUCACUGAUAUGGAACUUAAUGGCCGAAAGAAGUGUAAGCAAAUGAUAAUCAGCUUUCUCCAAAAUCAACCUGAUGUUCCUCGAUUGUGUAUCAAUGAGCUACCACUUGAUCUGGUCGAUUUGUUUAAUUUAAAGCUCUGGGCCUAACAUUGAACAAGAAACUGAAAUGGGAAGAGAAUGUGGAAAUUAAACCAAGUUCAAAUACAAGCACUGUACAGCCAUGUUAAUACCGAUAUUAAUAAUAAUAUUUAAUUUAUACUGUCACAGUUAACGGCCACAUCAGCAUUAUUUGCUGCUUUAAUCUAUCGUGAUUAAACAAUUAAAUGAUUUAAACAUACGAGGCUCUGCCUAACAGCACGGAGCUAGUUAAAUGCGAUUGGCUGAUUAGACUGAUGUUAAAUUAAAUAAUAUUCGUUUGUGUUUGAUUGGCUAGUUGACAAUAGUCAUCAAUUAAUUAAGCACCUUUUCAACUAAAUCUAAGUAAAUAUAAUAAGUAAAUAUAAAUUAUUAAAUUCGUCCUUUAUUACAAUAGAGCCAUAGUUACAUAGCGCUAUGCAGUCGAGUCCUCUGUGUAUAAGAAAAAAAUCAUCAAUUGUAACUUAAAAUGCUUCUCAGGCAGAUAAAAGCAAACAUUUCACCGAUUUUUGGAUUGUAUAUUUUGUUUUUGUUUAACGGAGAGAUCAUUACAACAGCACAAGCAGGUAAAUUUAUAAUAUACAAUGAACUCUAUAAUGCAAAAUAAAAUAUUAAAUAAGAUGCGAUGCAUGUACUACCCUUCGGGAGAACUGCUUACAGUCGUAUAUUGAAGACUGUCUUUCACUCAUGUCGCGAAAUUCAUCUGUCGUUUUGCAGUAUAUACGUAUAAAGCAAUGUACACUAUAAAGAUUUAUUGUCCGUUUUAUGCGCAUUUAUUAACCUACAUUUAUUACAAUUACAAAAUUAAGAAAGACGGUUACAGACAAAGAAACUUUCCAUGACAAAUUUUCGUAUGACAUGUUAUUUCUUUGUCAACUUUUUUUACGACAAGUGAAUGCGACAAUAAAGGAAAUUUUCAAAAUUUUUAUUAAAUUAUAGUGUUUUCUGCAGGGCAGCUGUGUUAGAUUACAGUGAACUAUAAAUAUUUAAUGAAACAUGAUGGCCAUUAUGAUAGUCAUGCUAUUCUAACCAGGACCUUGUACUGUUGUUAUACACACGUAAAAAAGGGCAAGUUGUCACAGAUCUGCAAACAAGUUGAAACAAAGUUGUUGUCAAGCUGAAAUCAAGAUGUGUUCGCUCUGCUUGAACCGUUCAUGUGUUCGCAACAGACUUGCUACAGGUUGUUUCCAACAGUCUGUUGUAUGUUCGUAACAACUGAGUCGCUAGACAAGCUUGUUGUCAUCAACUUGUCAGCAAUUUGUAUCAGACUGGUUGGAACAACUUGUUGCGAGUCUGCUGGCCUCAUUAACCUUGUUACAAGAAGAUAGCAACCUGUUCCAGACUUGCCAACAACUGAGAACAAGCAGUGCGAACACAUCUUGUUGACAGGCUGUGAGAUAUUUUUCACGUGUAACACAUACUGGGGCGCGGAGCCUUGUCCCCCCUAUCAGGCCCCUAUAUACCAUGUUGCUCCCCUCGUACAUGCAGUGAAGCCCCCAUUUGUAUAAAAUGUAAGCAAAAAAGGAAGAAUAACUUAUAAUUAAGAAGAGUGUUUAAAAUAUUCUCAUAAGGUAAAAUCUUUGUUUUGCAUGCGGACGAAAUAUAGCAUUUAAGGUUGUCCUCGAAAAAUGCAGUAAAUCACAUCCCUGGCCUUUACUUUUUGUUUUUUAGAUGAUGGCAUGUGCAAUGUUGUUCGUGUCAUUGAAUUCGAAGGUACAAUGCAGUUAAGAGAUUUUAUAGCUAUCGUUAACUGUUUUGUGUUGCAGCAACUGUCCAGUCACGCGGCGUAUACGUGAUAAAAACCGACAGAGAUUUUAUAACAAACGAUGAUGUGAACGUAACAGAACGGUGAACAUGCAUAUUCGGCCAUCUCAAAUAAUGGUAAUGUUGGGAUAGCAGCAUUGCAGACCGCAGAGGAGAGUGGGCAGUAAGGCUCCCUCAUGCACCAAUGAGGCUAAACAUUUCAAGGAUAUGUGUUUAAUUAUUGCCUUAGUUUUACGUGCAACAUAAAUAAUUCAAUAACUAUGAAUGAUAUUCUCAGUAAAAGAAAAAAAUAUGAUAUGCCGAAACUAAUUCAUUAAAUUAUUAUUAUAACUUUAUAAUUUAGGCACACGACUUAAAAGCGGCGAGAUUGAGACGUAUUGUAACAUGGGCAAGGUGAAAUGCUUCUUUCGAUGUUUAAAUACUAAUGGAUGUCAAUCUUUCGCCGUCGGACUGAACACAAAUUGCACCGGAACAUUUUGUCUUCUCUAUUCAUUAUCAGAGAUAAAUAUGUUGAGUUACUUUUUGAAAGACAGUAACUCAACAUAUUAUUUCAUGGUAGGAUAUUUUGAUAAAAUUAUUUAUGGUACCAUAAAUAAAUUUAGUAAGUAG